AUGGAACCAAGCCCACCCUUUAUCACCAAGAAGCUAUCUAACUUGGCUCGUUUAAGUGUAUUCAUGAUAAGAAAAGGGUUGUCAAAGGGCAAGCUAGUGCUUGACGACCUUCAAUUCUUAAUGAAACGUGGGAAGAUCAUGGGAAAAGCAUUAAAUGAGGCAUCACUGAGUUGCAGAUCACGUGACGUGCAUCUUUCCUUCGUAUCACCAAUGGAGUACGAGUUCAGCUGCCGUACAAGUCCGUCGCAUCAACCUUACGACCCCUUCAAUGGCAGAAAGCGAAAAGCUGCCGCCCGUUACCGUUACUACGCAGGGCGGCCUCGGGGGCGAGACGGUGUGGUUUUGGGAGCAAUGGGAUGUAGAGAUUCGGGUGAUUACGUGUCGCCGAAGCCAUUAAAAGGAAGGAGAGUGCAUAUUAGUAGGGAGUUGCCAUUGGUGUUGAAGGAUCAUGAAGAUGAUGAGGAUGAAUACCGUGUAGAUGAAGCGGCUGAGGAGUUUAUUCAAAGCUUUUAUACGCAACUAAGGUUGCAGAAAUGGUUGGCUGUCAUGGAAGCAACCGAUUACUAUGGCUAA